AAUCAUGGAUGCUACAAUAUUAUUGUCUUGUGAUUUUCCUUCAUUUCAAUCUCUUGAUCAAAUAGAACAUUACCUGUUUGAUGUUGAACAUGAACACCAACAUGAUUUUCAACCUCUCUUCAUGAAUGCUAAUUCCAACAACCAAACUGUAGAAGCUAUUAACAUUAACAACUCCAACAAUGUUAACGGCAAUACACAUAAACCUCGCGAGCUGGUACCGGAAUGGAAGAGAUAUAGAGGGGUGAGGCGAAGGCCGUGGGGGAAAUUUGCGGCGGAGAUAAGAGAUCCGAAGAAGAAUGGAGCUAGGGUUUGGCUUGGAACUUACAAAACUGAAGAAGAAGCUGGUUUGGCUUAUGAUAAAGCUGCUUUUAAGAUGUAUGGUAGAAAAGCCAAGAUCAAUUUUCCCCACCUCAUUGGUUGUGAUGAUGCACCCGCAGACUCAAAGAAGAGUUUGGCUGAGACUAAUUUGGAGUGUUCGGGAGGGACAAAGAAGAGGAAGAAUUUAGUUGAUGUGUUGAAUAGGUUAGCUAAGAAUAAAAGGCAAUUAAGUGAAGGAUUUGAAAUGAGUUUAAGGGCUAAUGAUGUUGAUGUUCAUGCAUAG